AUGGCGCCCUCACUUUUGCUAUCUAAACGCGACUGCGAUUACCCCAGCGAUCCUACCUGUAAUGACGAUUGGUGGUGGAGCGGUACUGGCUAUGGCGUCCGUUAUGCAAUCGUCGCUCUAAUCUUCAUCGGCAUUGCCCUGAUCCUCUUUGGCGCCUACUUCCACGCCCAACGCAGAAUCCGCAAAGGUCUGCAACCUCUCGCCUACCACCGCUGGCUUGUUACUCGUCGUCAAUACAGAGCUACACCAUUCCGCCAGAACAACUACACCUAUUACCAGCAAGACCCUGCCUACCCACCGCAGCAAGGUUAUCCUAUGCAGAACAUGGGCGGUGCAUACCACGGCCCUGCUGAGUUCCAGCCGCCACCACCUGCAUACGGAAACUGGGAGGCACCGCCAGUUUACCAGCCUCCUGAAGGCGCGAGCAAGGUUGCUGCCAACCAGAACACCCAGCCCGCUCGAAACGAUGUCGCUGGCGAGGGAAGCAGCGCUUCUUUGCCACUCAACAAUACUCAGAACAAUCAUCACACCCAGUAA